UCCGGCUCUACACAGAGAGAGAGAGAGAGAGAGAAUGGGGGCAGAGCACAGAAGCGGAGGAGGAAUGUAAAACCUCCAUCCAGAGCCGAGAGCAGCAGCCUUUGCGCAGAUAGUCUGCGCCGCCUUCAACAGACGCACCGCGGGCCCGCCGGAGGAGGGAGGAAGUUCAUCGCCAUCGUCUCCGUGCUUGUUUCUCGUCCCGAUCCGACCCGCGAAGAGUCUGCGACCGCACCGGACUCGUGUCGGCACCAGGGAUUAAAACAUGGUGAUCAAAGUGUACAUCGCCUCGUCCUCCGGAUCCACUUCGAUUAAGAAGCAGCAGCAGGACGUGAUGGGCUUUCUGGCGGCCAAUAAGAUUGUGUUCGAAGAGUGCGACAUCGCGGCCAACGAGGACAACAGGAAGUGGAUGAGGGAGAACGUCCCGGAGGAGGCCAGGCCCACCGCGGGGAACCCUCUCCCCCCACAGAUAUUCAACGAAAGCCAAUACUGCGGGAACUAUGAGGCCUUCUUCGACGCAAGAGAAGACAACGCUGUGUAUGCCUUCCUGGGUCUGACCGCCCCGCCCGGCUCAAAGGAGGCCGAGGCUCUAGCGAAGAAAGCCCAGCAGUAGCAGCUUUACACCGUUUUGUACCUGAGUCCUAAACCCAGACCUGAACCUGAUCCAGGAUGAAUACAAGCAACAUUUCACUCGGCUUUUUAAUGUCAUUUACUUUUUUCCCUAUUUGUCUGUGUUCUGCUGUGCCUUGUCAGCUGUAGCAAAAGGAGUUGCUAAGGCAGAGCAUUAUGGGUAUGAAACGGCUCUGCUAGCUCUCUUUAACCUCGGCCCGCUAAUCCUAUUGGCCCAACAAAACGUCAAUCAACAACCACAAAAAGCUUCCUUUUUGAGAACACAUCGUCAGACACAUCUAAAUGUACACACUUUUUAAAGUUGUUUUCACUGAGGCAUCAUUUGGUCAACAGGACAUCAUCCAGAAAACAUUAUAAUGCAUUUCACUAGACGGGUUCAGUUAGAAAAAGACUAAUCUGUCAAAUCCCGGAAACGCGUUUAGCUCCUGCCAAUCACGUCAUCGCCAAACCUGCAGCACCUUCUGUAAAAGUGAUUGACUACAAUCCUAUUGUUUUUAUUUACCUCAUACGGUCUUAAUGCUGUUUUAAUAGCAAACCUUUUUCUAAGAGAUGAUAUUGUUUAAAAAAUGGAAAAGCAUGCCAAAAUUACAAGCCUGCAUACACAGAGGGAUGUGACAUUUUUUUAAUUUACUGUUUGGAUCGCUGUUUUGUCAGCGGCAUCCUGUUUCACAUUGUGUUGGUAAUCCCUGUGUUACACAAUCUUCUUUGAAAUAAAAUAAAGACAAGACUGCCAAUAAAACUGCA